CACAUUAGAACCAUUGGAAUAGCGCCGCUAAUAAUUCGUAAUUCGGCAUCGAUAGCUACCGAAGAUAACCUCAAAAGUACCACGGUACACUGAAGUCCGUAUUACGACAAAAGCGAGCCUCUCUCUUCCUUAAGAAACGUACUUGUUAUUCGUUACUUGUAUUGGUCGGGAUCUAUUGUUGACAUCAACUGGUCCUAACUAGUCUCAACGAGAAUGGCAGACGAUUUCGAUGGAGAUGAGUUAGUCGAUGAUUUUGACGACGUGGAUGACGACGAUAAUAUAGAAGUCGAGCCACCUGAAGAGGAUGCUGAGAAUUUUGAAAUUCUACCUGCUGGAGAAACGUCUACUGGAGUACAGAAAACCAAAAGAAUCACUACACAUUACAUGACAAAGUAUGAAAGAGCAAGAGUGCUUGGUACGAGAGCACUUCAGAUCUCAAUGUGUGCUCCAGUAAUGGUAGAGCUGGAAGGCGAGACCGAUCCGCUACAGAUCGCUAUGAAGGAACUCAAACAACGGAAGAUCCCCAUAAUCAUUCGACGGUACUUACCGGAUAACAGUUACGAAGACUGGUGUAUCAAUGAGUUAAUAAUUAUAGAUCGAUAGGUUCAUACUCAUUCUCGAUUAAAAAAGCUCAUUUAUUUUAUGAUUUCCCUAAGAUAACUUUGUAUCGCAGUUUGAGAACUUCAUUUUUAACAAUGCCUCUGUUAGGCAGAUUAUUUGAGAAAUCUAUGUAGAAAAGUAAGCAAACAAAUAGUAUACAUAAUGCAUACGAAAUUAAAUAAUUAUUCAUAUCGAA